AUGCCUGAUUGUUCUAGGACCUUCUCCGCCCACCUCCCGGAAAAUAUAAAAAGCAGCAGUCUCAAGCCGAAAUCAAUCGAUGGCAACCCAAUCGUUUGUAACUGCAGUGCGAAAUGGAUUCAAAAGUUGGCCAAAUCAGAUAAAAAAAUUCUGGGUCCUCUUUGGGAUCAAGUGACUUGCAUUGAUCGAGAAAAUUCUAAUUCUCCUGCGUUAUUGAUGAACUUCACAAUACCUAAUUGUGAACUUCCCAAAGUUUACGUCAUGCCUGAAAAGAUCAUCAUGAACGAGUCACAAUCAGCUGAUCUCAUCUGCUCAGCAUCCGGCGAUCCUCCCCUUUCUCUGUAUUGGAACACGUCAUCUUUGGUGUCUAAUCACACCAUUGGUGACUUUGAAUUGCUUGGAAUGAUUGAUUAUGCUAAUGGAAGCGCUGACAUGCUCAACAGUUUCAGCUUUGAUUCAAACGAUACUGUACAAGUUUUGAACAUUUAUGCCUCCAGUGGAGAAGAUAAUGGAUUUGUAAACUGCAUUGCCGAAAACGAUGUUGGACAAGAAAUUGCACAAGUGUUUCUGGAAAUACAUGCAAUUCCAAAAAUAUUAGAGAUGAAAGUGGCAAAAAACUUUUACUGGUGUAUCGAUUAUCAAGUAACAGGCUUUCCAAAGCCUCAUAGAACAUGGUACUUCAACAACCAUCUCCUCCAAAAUCCCAUGAUACAGGAUCUGGAAAAUCCAUGGACAAUGAAAAAUCCGUAUCUUGCAGAUGGUUGUUUACAACUUGAAAGAGCCUCACAAGUGAAUGAAGGUAUUUAUACAUUAGUGGCUUCAAAUGCUUUCGGUACAGUAAAUCAUUCCAUUGGUGCGAAAUUUCACAAAGAUCCUGUAGUUAUCGCUCAUCCAACAUACAUACCACAAGGAAGGUUACCUCCUCCCAUUUCAACGAUUCGGAAGAAACCGGAACCAGAGCCCAAAAGCAGGACACCAAUUUUGAUAUCAACACUUCUAACUACUGCAAUAGUCUUGAUAUUGGUUAUAUCUAUAGUAUGCUUUGUCCAAUGGCGAAAAUACAAUCGAACUCCAGAUGGACUUAACGAAGGAGCAUCACCAUGGCUCUUCUUCUGCCCACAAAGUCGAAGAAACAGGCUUCGAGUUGAGAGAAUUCCUCUGAAUCCAUCUCAAAUGAUUGUGAAUCCAAAUUAUUCAAAAGAAAGCAACAAAGAUUCCAUUGUUGAGAUUCAUCACAUUGCAAGAGAAAAGAUCAGUUUUGUUCAGACCCUCGGAGAAGGAGCUUUUGGUAGAGUAUUUUUGGGCACAGUUGAUUACUUGACUCCGGAUGAACCAACGACGUUAGUUGCCGUCAAGACUUUAAAAACUAAUGAAAUGGAUGACAUUAAAGUGGAAUUUGAAAGAGAAGCUGAGCUACUUGCCAAUUUGCAACAUACCAAUAUAAUAAAAUUUCAUGGUGUUUCAACAGAUGGCGAAGCUCUUAUGAUGAUAUUUGAGUACAUGGAACAUGGAGAUUUGAACAACUUUUUAAGAGACCGAUCACCACAUAAUGAAAGUACUGAAAUUGAUGUAAACAAGUAUCCAGAACUAACGAUUCCAGAUUUGAUACAUAUUUCAUGCCAAAUCGCAGCCGGAAUGGAUUAUCUUGCCAGUCAACACUUUGUUCAUAGGGAUUUAGCUACUCGAAACUGCUUGGUUGGCGAUCAGUUGGUCGUUAAAAUUGGAGACUUCGGAAUGUCUAGAGACGUCUACAGCACAGACUAUUACCGAGUUGGAAGACAUAAUAUGCUACCGAUCCGCUGGAUGCCCCCUGAAAGCAUUCUCUACAGGAAAUUCACCAUAGACUCGGAUAUUUGGAGCUUUGGUGUUGUCAUGUGGGAGAUCUUCACUUUUGGAAAACAACCAUGGUAUGAAUUGUCAAAUCAUGAGGUAAUUCAGCACGUCACAUCUCAGAAAGUUCUCCCUCGUCCACCCAGUUGUCCGGAAGACAUAUAUCUUUUAAUGCUUGCCUGCUGGAAAACUAGACCUCAAGAGAGAAUGACAAUGAAAAACAUACAUGCUCAACUAGAGAUUCUGAGCUCUACCAGAGACACAGAAUACUUAGAAGUGGUUGACUGACAUAUGCUUACUGGGCGUCUUUACAGGAUGCCUAUCAUAACCUGUGAAACUUAAAACUAUCAUU